GUCAGUGAAGUCUAUGAGUGUCUGAGUAUCGCUCUGAGCGUGUGUGUGUGUGAGGGUGAGUGAGCGUUGUGCACUGCUUCAAACGACGACAGGCGAAACAAACAUCAGGCCCUGGGAUUCGUUCGAGAUCGUAGAGAGUACGUCGUCUUUUAUGUAUUUUGUGGGAAGAUGUAAUUUGUGCACUAGUGUGUAGCUGAAAAAUCCCCACAUUGGAUUUGAUAUGAUGAAGAGCGUGAAGACUAUGAAUAACUAAGCGACCCCGGAGCCGCUGGGUUGGACGAAGAGUGGAGUGACGGUGCAAUCGGUCGGACCACGAGAGGUCGUCGCUGGAUUGUGACCAAGGAUCUUCGUUUUAGAUGGCACAACAUCCAUGAGUAGGAGUUUGUCGAAACGAAGGGUGGCAAUAAUGCUGUGGCUUGAGAUCCGAGUCCUGUUCUCGUGGAAGUUAUCGUCGUGCGUGUUGUGUCCUCUUUCUUCUUUAUCAUUAUCGGCGUAUGCGACAGCCAUCCGCAAAUUUGCCUCAACUCCUGUCGAAAGCGCAGUUGCCGCUGUCGUCACCGCUGCUGCUUAGCGUUGUUCAAUGGAGUGUGCGCAAUGGAAGUGCGCUCGGGGCGGUGUAUUGUCUCGAAGGCUGCUCGCCCUUUUCCCGUUCGCGCUCGGCUUGUGAUGCGUUUCACGUUCGUUGGUGAACUCUACGCCCGCGGCUGCAUCGGCUGCAGCAGGUGUUGUCGUCGCAGCAACGCCAACAGGUACAACUACCUGGACGCUGUACCUGGUGCUUGGUGUCCCUGGGAUGGCAGUACAGUUGCCGGCUGCUUCCUGGAACCAGCUAUGGCAACUGGCUAUGGCGGUUCUAGGGGCGCUAGCGUUUUUUGGCUCCUCAACGAGUCCGGGCAGCUGGGCAGACGCUGCGUCGAGGCCGAACACGUGCAAUCGCGACAGAAAGCUACUAACCGAUCCUUACGGCCGAAUUACGGACGGGCCUGGGAAAUACCACAACAAUAGUCACUGCGAAUGGCUUAUUAAAGCUCCACCUAGUAACCCAAGUCUGUACAUUACAUUAACUAUAACUUCCUUACAUACUGAGUGUGCUUUCGAUCAUCUAUUUAUCUACGAUGGAGACUCGUAUUCAGCUCCACUAUUGGCCUCUCUGUCUGGCCGCAACGAUCAUCCACCGCAUUUCACGGCGAGCUCAGGCGCAAUGCUUAUCCUCUUCUAUUCGGAUACCAAUUACGUACUCGAAGGCUUUUCCGCUAACUAUUCAAUGGAUGAAUGCCCUAAAAACUGUACAAAUCGAGGCGGCUGCGUCGCCGGCCAGUGUCUAUGUAACACCGGCUUCGCCGGCGACGCCUGUCAGUUUGAGAAUUGUCCGAAAAAUUGCAGCUCGACAAUCGGUCACCCGCAGGGAAAAUGCAGCGGACCAGAUGGCUGUGUGUGCCUGCCAGGUUUCUCAGGCCAGAGUUGCAGUUUGCCGUCGGCCAGUGAUCCACAACUUGUCGGUUGGCAUUUGUUAGCUACUGGUCGGGAUGGCCGUGGCGAUCUGUUCCACCCUCGAUCGGGCCAUGCCGCCGCUUACCUACCUUUCACCGAUCAGCUUUACACGUUUGGCGGGCGCAACUUCAGUCACGUGUUCGACGAACUGCUCGUAUACGACUUUACGGCAUCCAGAUGGACCCGGGCGGGUCUCGAAAGCAAAAUCAUACCUGCCGCACGGUGGGGUCAUGCUAUGGCGCAUCACGCCGACACAAUCGUGAUGUUUGGAGGAGAAUUAGUUACCGGAGAUUUAAGCAACGAAUUUUGGGUGUACAAUGUGCAAAAGCAGGAGUGGACUCUUGAAGAAGCUGACCCAUCUGGAGUGGAUGCACCUCGCGUGGCAUUCCAUUCCUUGACGAUGAUCGAACAAAAGACGUUUGUUGUUUUCGGGGGCCGUAUUGAGGGUGGUCGUUUUUCAAAUCGAAUCUACAAAAUGAACUUACUUGGAUGGAAGCCAAAGUGGGAACUAGUUAAACCAUCGGCGGGUAGUCCAAUUCGAGUUGUAGGUCACACGGCGACAUUCCAUGCAGAGUCAAAAAGCAUUCUUGUAUACGGUGGAGUAGUCGCCGAUAUGGCUCGGUUUUCCAAACUCAGUUCGCAUCUGUACGCGUUCAAUAUGGAGAAACGACAUUGGACACAACUACACUUUACAUCGGGAAGUAGCGCGACAACACAUGCAUCAUCUGGUAGACCUCAUCAUCAUAAGCCGCAAGAUUAUCCUCUCGAAAGGGCAUUCCACACGGCAACUAUUGCUGGAAACUAUCUCGUUGUUUUCGGAGGAUAUAUGCAUCGCCACAACGUUGAGGAAAAGUGUUAUGACGAUGAGGUAUACCUGUACCACCUCAAGUGCUAUAAAUGGGUUAGCUACGACGUUCUCACAUCGAACGGAAACGGACUCCCUAAAGAACGCCGACGACCGCACAAUUCUGGCGUGUAUUCACAUGCCAUGGCCCUGCGUCGAGGCAGCACCCUUCUCAUUUUGGGCGGCUACAGCGGCUAUAUGCGAGGCGAUCUUCGAGCUCUCCAAUUGCCUGAGACGAUCACUCAUGUGACGUCAGAAACCGCGCCGGUUCUCUGUGGCCAUCACAAUUUUUCUGAGGCGGCGUGUAAGGAGAACCCCGCGUGCGGAUGGUGUACAAAUUUGUCAAUGUGUAUGGAUCGCAAUAAGAAGGCGGAUUGCGGGGCCCAGUUCUCUAUGGGCUUAUGUCCAUCACUCUGUCCGGCUCUGCAGGAUUGCCAGAGCUGUAUGGCUUGGGGGGAAGGACAGGAAAUUACGAAUCACGUAAUGGUUGACGUCGGUGGGUUUAUGCCGCGAUCGUGCGGCUGGUGCGUCUCUAGCUCUCAGUGCCAUUCUCUCAAUGACCCGCCGCUGCUAUGCCGCACAUCUGAGAAUAAGUCUGAAGGCGCAAGCGAAGGGUAUUGGGGCAACCACGGCUAUGUCGUCACCAAUUUGCCAGAAUGCCGUAGUCAUAACUAUAAACCGGGUCUGACGUACGUACAGUACAAUCCACCGAUCAAUGACUCGUUGCCCGAUGAGGUCAACAUGAUGAAUAGCUCAGCAGCGCGGAUCAACGUAAGCGGGGCCGUCAAAGGCAGCGGCGGUGGAGGCAAAAGUGGCGGUAACAGGAGUCCGGGUAAGGCUGUCAUUCUGGGCUAUCUUCAUCCCACCGGGGUGGCGCUCGAGCCAGCUAGUAGUCCUAAGAUUUACUUACGAAGCGGAUUUAACGCGGAACUCUCACUGAGUUCGGACGAUAAAGAAGCGAACCUAGAGUUAGUUGUUCGGCACACCGGUCACAACGUAAAUUUGACGGAGGCCGUGCGGCCUUCGGGUAGCAAACUUAUACCAAUAACGGGCAAGGGCGCACGCUACCUGCUUAAUGUUACCUACGAGCUCACGUGUGAAGUACGCCAGUCACGAGCCAACGCCUGUGAGCAUUUCAGCGAGAUCAAGUGGUGCCCCCAGCCCAAGCCAUGCCAACAGCUAUCGCUUAUUCCUAUAAAGUAUCUCGAACCGUAUAAAAACGGCACGGAUUGCCGGCGGCGUGCUAGCUGUUAUGCGUGUCUAAUCGAUUCAGCAUGCGGCUGGUGCUCGUCGAAGCAUGUGUGCGUAGCGAGAUCCGGUGACGAAGAGGAGUGUCCCGCUGUCAAGGAUGGGGAACUGCUCGUUCUUGAGACGCCUAUGUGCAAAGCCUGCAACUACAAUAUCUACUGCGAGACGUGCCUUGACGAUGAGAACUGCGAGUGGCUGCCCGAGGACGUAGCGUGUGUGCGUCGAGGAGUAAACCCUCUUGCGCUCAAAGACCGCUCGGCGUGCCCGGUGCCGUGCCACGAACGUAGAGGCUGCCAGUCCUGCCUAGGGGACCCAGGCCGCUGCGCGUGGUGUCAGCAAACGCAGCAAUGCUUUCUGUUCUCAACCUAUAUCACUUCAUUCAUGUACGGAGGCUGUCGGGAGUGGGUUGACGAAGAUCUGCCGCCAGUCGUCCGGAAGGGUAACACCCGCAGCGGACCUAUUCAGUGUCCGGACUGCGGUCGACAUGCUGAUUGCAAGAGCUGCUUGAGCCAGUUAGGCUGCGGUUGGUGUGGGAAUAUCGAUAAUCCCAAUAUAGGAAUGUGCUCGGCUGGCGACUUCUCUGGGCCGUAUAAUUCGACAUGUACAGAUAUUGUCGCCGAAGCCAAUGAGGUGGUUGAUGAGGGCGGGCCCGCAGCUUGGUCCUAUGACAAGUGUCCAAACGUAGACGAGUGCCGUUUAGGAUUGGCAAGUUGUCAUUACAACGCUACGUGUCGGGAUACAAAUGAUUCUUAUAUAUGUGUCUGUAACAAAGGCUACAAGGGAGACGGUAAAACAGAGUGUGUUAAAACAUGCGCCGAAGACUGCAAUCAUGGUUUGUGUUCCGAAGCACCGGACUAUAAAUGCCUCUGCAAAAUUGGUUGGACCGGAGAAUUCUGUGAAGAUGAUUGCGGCUGCAAUUUCCACUCGAAGUGUAGUCAGGGUCUAAACAAAUGCGAUGAAUGUCGGCAUCACACAUCGGGACCACGGUGCGAUCGCUGUGUGAAGGGAGCCUUUGGCAAGGCCACAAGACCUGAGGGAUGUACCCCCUGUGAGUGCAACGGUCAUGGCGAUCCCGAUAAGAACUUUUGCGAUCCGAUUUCCGGUGACUGCCAUUGCAUACAUAACACGGAAGGUCGGCUAUGCGAACGAUGCACGCUUGGCUACUAUGGCGACCCGAGGAAGAACGGCACUUGCUACAAGGACUGCACCGAUCAUAAGCCUUUCCUUACAGAGCAAUUUGGCGCACUAGGCUCUCGCAAGGGAUCAGCACUAUUGCCUCAGCACUGCCUAUGGAUCGUGCAAGGUCAGCAACAUAGCACUAUACAGCUAACGAUCGGAGCGACUCUACACAUCAAGUGUCCAGCAAAUCACGUUUACGUUUAUGAGGGCCUCUUUAGUACCAACUCUCCGGGGCAAUUGCUUGGUUCAUUCUGUGGUACCCAACUCAAUAAGCCGAUCGUAAUUGCUUCUAAAACUAACCAACUGUCAGUAUACUAUCGCCGCUCAAAAAUGGGCGAAGGCUUUAACGCAACAUAUCGUCAAAUGUGGUGUCCUGAAGGUUGCUUAGGCAAGAACAGAGUGUGUCAAGAUGGCUUGUGCAUCUGCCGCCCAGGUUUUAGCGGACCUACGUGCGAGGUACAACUCUGCCCGAAAGGGUGUUCAGCGAACUCACUCCUGUCACGGAAACAUCUUGAACCGUCAGGAGGGUGCGAUGGCGCAUAUUCGCUUUGUCGAUGUAGUGGAAAUCUGGGUGGCGAUGCCUGCGACGUAAGUCUCGACACCAAUGCAAGCGUCGUAUGGACGUUACUCUACGACGUUGAACGUGUAUUUUCGGCUGAUACGCUCCCGUCGUUACAAGUGGCUGACUUCGCUACGGACAGUCCGCCUGACGUGCAGUUUGGUCACUCCCUACUUCUUAGUGAGCCAGAUCGUCAUCUAUGGUUGUUCGGAGGCGUUUCACAAAUGGACCAGGAUAGCAAUCGAUUGUACAUUUACGAUCGCCAUUUCAGUCGAUGGAAGAAGGUUAACGUAUCGCAUGACGAGAGCAAAAUGCCAUCACCACGAAGACAUCAUUGCGCUACUAUGGUCGGCAUGGAUAUGUACGUUUAUGGUGGAAUGAAUCGCCAGUUCUCUGCAAUGGGUGACUUCUGGAAAUUCGCCACAGAACUCCGCACGUGGACAACUAUCUCGACAAGCCCCGAUGUACCUCCGCUCGUUGGAUGCACUUUGACUAAUGUUCAAAAUAAGCGUUUGUUAAUGGUUGGGGGCUACUCUCCGGAGAAUGGAUUUCAAGAUAAGACGCUGGUCUAUACGAUUCAAGAUACAACGUUCAAGGUAUUUAAUACAACAGGCGCUUCGCCCGAAGGUAUCUAUGGGCAUUCGGCAGAAUAUCACGCUCCAACAGACAGCAUUUAUAUUUUUGGUGGAAUUCUCUAUGAAGCAGACGGUCCUGCCCCAUCAUCCACUUUAUUUGCGCUCCAUGUAGGCACGCGUAUAUGGACGAGGAUUCCUGGAGAUGAACGGGUAGCUCCACAUUCGCAUUUGUCGCCUCGAUACUUUCAUUCAUCUGCCCUGGUUGGUGAUCUUAUGUUAAUUGUCGGAGGACGAAACCUUUCUACUGAAGCCACAGUCGAAAGUUACGUUUAUAAUAUCAAUUGCAACUCGUGGAUGCAGCUUGAAGGCUAUUAUGUUCGAGUGGACGGGACGCCACCAACAGCAUUCAGCAGCGCAAGCGCUGUUAAUCUGAACGGGGAAAUCUAUCUCUACGGAGGAUCAACUAGUCAACCACAGGGUUUCUUGUACAAAAUCGCAAUUCCUGCUGACGUUUGCAAGCUAUAUUACAAUGCGCGAAUAGCCUGUCUUGACCACCCCGGAUGUUCCUAUUGCUACAUAAUGAAUGCUACCAAUACAUAUCCUCCACAAAAGAAUGACCAGUUUUGUUUCAAAACCGGCGAAACCAAUAUUUGUACGGAGACGCCUAACUCGAGUAUACAGCCUGGUAGAUGGUGCAGUAUCAGUUGGUUGCAGAAUCGAACCUGUCACCAAUUCGAGAACUGCGUCGACUGUGUGGCACGUUGGCCAGGCGAUAAGGCUGGCCUACAGUCGGCUGUCUGUCAGUGGUGCCCAGACUGCCAGCGCGGAAGAUGCAUCCCAUUGGGUGAUUCCUGCCCAAUACAGACAGCACCUGACUGCCAUAAUCAGCACGAAUUGUCUCUUGUUACCCUACCAGAACAAUGUCCCCAGCGAAGCUGUGUUGCUUCUGAAUGUGAGAAAUGCCGCGACCUUGGUAAAUGUAUGUGGACGAGGCAGGUGUUGCGAAGCGGGGAACUUCGUCACGUCGUCAGUCAGACACCCACCUAUGAUUGGACCUGUGUACGGAGGACGAUCAAAGAUCAGGUAAACCAUCCGGUUGAAUCGAAUCCACCCAGAGCUUGUCCGAGAAGAUGCGGUUCGUACAACAACUGCACUACGUGUCUUGAUAGUAGCGGAGGUGAAGGGGGUUGGCAUCAGUGCGUGUGGGCAUCUGCUUUAGGCCAGUGCAUUUCGCCGAGCUAUGCCCCUAUCCGAUGCGAAGGAGGCAUGUGUGGUCCGUUACUUCAGGGAGCCUCGCACAUCUGUUCACCACCUUGCCACUAUCACUUACAAUCGAAACUUUGCCUCGCUGAUCCUCGUUGUGGCUGGUGUGCGCUACUGGGUGCUAACGGUCAAGGAUUGUGUAUGGAAGGAGGAAAGAAGGGCCCUACAGGAGGUAGUUGUCAAAAUGGAACUGUAUUCCUUCAUGGUCAUCCGCUACCUGGUGAUGUACCUAAGUGGCUGCAAACGCAUGGUAGCAACGUCGGCUGGUACUACUUCAAAAGACCUAUGGAAAACGAGUGUAGCAAUGGACAUCACGACUGUGACUCAGAAAGGGAGCAGUGUGUUGAUAAAGAGAAUGGUUAUGAAUGUAUUUGUCAGAAGGGGUAUACGCUUGACAAAGAAAAGAUGUGCACACCGGAAUGCAGCCAAGGAUGCUUUCACGGACAAUGCGUGCGACCUAAUGACUGUAAAUGUAAUUUCGGUUACGUCGGCGCUAACUGCAGUAUUCCAUGUGAUUGCAACGGUCACUCAGAUUGUGCGGGUUCGGACAAACUAUCGGAAUGUAUCGAAUGUCGCAACAACACACAAGGUCCUCAAUGCAGUGAAUGUAUGAGUGGAUUUGUGGGCGAUCCAUCGAAUGGAGCCAAAUGUGUCUCGUGUUUCAACUACUGUCACAGGCAUUCGAUGUACUGCGUCGAUGAGAAGGUCUACAACGCUUCAGCUGACUACGAGAGCAUGAUCAAAAUCGGCCUGAACCAUCCGGGCCCGCUCGAGACGGCUGUGUGCCUUAACUGCAGCAACAAUACGACAGGCAACACCUGUGAUACCUGUAGGGACGGCUAUUUUGUCCGUGACGGCGAUAUCCGGAACGGCUGUCGACCCUGUGAGUGCCAUGGCCAUGGUGAUACAUGUGAUAAGCUGACGGGCGAAAGUUGCCAAUGCCGAAACAAUACCGAGACGGAUCGUAGCUGCAACCCAAAUUCGCGCACAAAGCAUUCAUCAUGCUGGAGCCUGCAGUGCGCAAAGUGCAAGGAUAACUUUCAAGGCAUCCCGAUUAAUGGUCACCAAUGCUAUCGGCACAUGCGUCUCGAGCAGGACUAUUGCCUCGACCCUGAAAACCAAGGAGAAUGCAAUUCUGAACCCUUUCCUUUGCCACAGGGCCGGACCAUGUUUUUUGUAGUUCAGCCACGAUAUAUGAAUGUCAACAUACGGAUCGUGGUCGAUGUAGCCAUCGGCGAAGUUGACCUUUACCUCGCAGCAAAAGAAGAUACUUUUGUCGUGACAUACAAUAAAUCUACCGGAAUACACGAGGUCGCCGUUGACCCUCGCUAUGACGUGAUUCGUGAGGAAUCGUUUAGACCUUCGCCAAUCGCAGCACCAGGAAAUAUGUCAUUUGCCACCAUGAAGUUCAUCAAACCCGCGACAGCUCACCAUCGGCGAGAAACGCCUCGGGCCAAUUCGGUGCAUCGGGACACUCCCGGCUUCGCCAAAUAUCCCAACGCGCAGCUCGAAGUCACCGGUGGGACCCGGCAGAUACUCCGACUCGUGAAGCGAGAGGCUCGUGGAUUGACUACCUAUGUCGAGGUGGAAAGGGCGCACCAUUUUCUCGUUGUUAGCAGCUUACGCAACCGACUCGUACUCACCAUUCCACAGAACGUUUACGAUCUACGGAGUACUCGACUCUAUCUGGUGGUGAGCGGUGUGUCUGAAACCAGUGUCGGCAGUCUGUUCUUCCGACAGGAUCAAACUCGAAUUGACUUAUUUGUUUUUUUUUCCGUGUUCUUCUCAUGUUUUUUUCUAUUUCUGUCAAUGUGCGUCGUAAUCUGGAAACUUAAACAGGGCAUGGACCUGCGGCGCGCCAGACGCCUACAGGCCGCCGAGAUGCAGCACAUGGCUAAUCGUCCAUUCUCACACAUAUUUUCGACAAUGUACCCGCUGGAAGACGGUGACGAAUUGGGAUUCGUUGAGCUGUCUCCGUUGUCGUCAAAAUCAAAACGUAAAAGCAAGAGUCAGGUGCAUUUGGUUCCAAAUGCGCCAAAAGCUGCCCGAGCUUUCGAGAGCGGCAAUUGUGCCCCUAGCAUUAGUUUGCCGGGAGGCGUAUAUCGGCCCGUAUCGGUUGAACCAACCGCUGAUGGCCAAGCAGCUGUGACUACAAUGCUUGUUCAUCUGCCGGGCGGUACUGGAGCUCCGGUGCACCUCUGCAUAGGAAGUGCUCUCACAUCGAUCCGAGGAACAUUGAGUUCGAGAUGUUGACGAUGAAUGUAAUGAUUUACACGGUAUGAAAAUAAUUCUAGUAAUAAUGUUGGUAGCAAUAUUAAAAAUAAAUUCAGGUACAUUAGCUAUAAUGAAACGACAGCCAAAGGCCCUAUCGGCGACUAACGAUCAGGCGCCUAGGCAAGAAAAGAGUGCUAAAUUUAACAAAUAAUUAGUGAGAAAAUAUUAGGGAAAAAUUGGUGCUGGUCCAAUUUAUCAGUGAUACAAGCGACAGUCAAAAUGAUGCCGAUCUGGUAGCAAAAAUGAAGCCAGCAUUGUUUCACAUCUGUAACCACUUCAGGAGAAUGCGAAUAUCUGCCUGUAGCUGAAAGAGAGUGGUACCCACGAGAAAAAAGUCAUACGCCGUUAAUUAGUACCGUUACUAUCAGAAAUGCAUGGUUGAUGAUCCCAGACGGACUAAUUUAUAUAUGUAUGUAAUUAAUAGUUCAUAGAAAGUGCAAAGCCUGUGUAUAGUUAGCAGUAAAUCGAAGUGAAUGGAUCUAACAGCUUAGCAAAGAUAUGUGACACACAGAUAAAGAUGUCGCUACAUUCUUAUAAAUAAGCCAUAUACAAAGAACGCACUGCUACGAUCCAAAACAGUCUUAAACCAUAUAACAAUAUCGAGAAGUGGACGACAUUAGAGGUACGUUGCUGAAAAAAUCUUGUACACUAAGAAAAAAAAAUGUUACCGGCAGACAAAGUGUGUUUCCACGAUUACUCUGCUGGUGUAUCGGUGAGAAAUAUUUGCAAGCAUGUUGAUGGAGCAGCGAUGCUGAACGAAAAAUACCAGUGGACACCAUACCAAUAGCUGUAUAGAUAAAAUAAUUGUCAAAAAAUAAUGGAAGAGUACAUAGAUGCAUCGGAAUAUAGCAACAGAAACAAACUACUAGGAGAAGAUUGAGUUGCCUCGCUGUCUUGUUUGCUACUCAAGGAAUAGUAGGAUAAUUCCUAUUCUUGCCUGGAAUAAGGUAGAUUCAUUUCUGGUCAGGUUAAUUCCUGGAGCCAAGUCUGGGCGGCACAUGAAUACAAAUUACAUAUACAUGCGACAGUAAAUAUUGCAUAAUAAUUUACAACUGUAGCUUUGGAUCUCAUUAUAAUGUUUGUUUAUUUUUUUACGAAAGAAACCCUCAAAUGCAUGCCAAUGCUGUAUCACGAUUUUCUCCUAUCAGCUCGGAAUUUUUAUUCCAGGCAAUUUUAUGGUUAGUUUUGUUCUUAUUUAUCUGCAAGAGGUAGCUCACAGCGAGUAGCUACGAGGGCCAACAUGAACGCGGUCACAAUUGGUAGCUCUAGCAGUAAUAACAGUAUUAUUACUGUAGUGUGUGAUUACAAAGUAGCCAACAAACAAUUGUGAUUUGUUCUAUUUUGUAGCUUGCCAUCAUAAUUGCCUAGUUGUGUUUAUUAGUACGUGUAGUAGUGACGUAUUAUAGAAGCGAAAUAAUUAACAGCUCUGUUCCAGUAGAAAAACAGUAGCCGUAGAUAUGUGUAUGUGUUUGUGCGGAAUAGUAUGUAAGCAACCACCAUACGGUCACCAUCGCAGCGGCAAUAAACAACCAUAAUAUGUAUUUUAGAAAUUCCCCUCAUGAACGCAAUACGCAACACCUAUUCGGAUAGACUGUUUCAUUGACUGAUUGACUCAUAAAACUCUACAAAGAGUGCAGACUUCGACGACAUGACGGUGGUCAUUCACAAAGAAAGACACGAGAAACUGUAUGAAAUACGCACAUAUUUGUGCACAGGUUCGACGAUAAAGAUAACAGAUCUACAGUUGGGCUAUGGCAGCUUUACGAUUGCAAAUGCGGUAUUCGUCGAUGAAUAAAUAGGUAACUGUAAAUUAGUACGCUUCGGCCCCAUUCGUAGACCUACUUUUGGCUAAUCUCAGACACUCUAAAAAAAAGGCUUAAUUGCAAGAUGAAACGAGAAUAUGUAAAAAUGAUAUGGAAUAACUUUAAUUAAUAGCAUGUAGUGUCAAAACGUAAAAUGAAAGAGACACAGGUUAUAGAUAGAGAGGCACUACGUCUUGCUUUUACAAUGAGCUCAUGCAUACACAUUCGCACACAACAACAAUAACAAAGCGAUGAUUAGCAAGCAAUUAUAAAAAAGAUAGAUAUAUUACAUAUAUACAUACAUACAUAUAUAUGUGUGUGUGUCUCUUGCUUUUUGAAUAGAGCAAGCUGCUAUAGAUCAAAACCAUGGCCAGAAGUCCGCUCAGGAAGUGUAUCUCCAGUGACCACAAUAUCGAAAUGAACUAACAACCACAACUGCAUCCACACAACAACUACAACAAUACAUUUCUGUAAUAGUAUUUCACAUGGCUGUGCGUGGCAUGCCCUCUCUGUAUAAAAUGUACAUAGUAUAAAUAACGAGAAAGAAAAAAAAUUAAAUAUAAUCAAAUAAAGAUAUUUUAAAAAUGA